AUGUGGCCAAUUGUUGGAUUAAUUGUUUCGAUUAAUAUUGUUAAAAUGAUUAAGUUGUUGAGAUACAACGUCCUAAUUUGUGGGACGAUGUCCAUGUUUAAGCUAAAUAAAAAAUUUGGGUUAUUAAUCAAAAUUUUGUUCUAUUUUUGGAGAUUAACUUGCAAUUUUGGGUUAAUUUCUGGGAUUAUUCUAAGCCUGAUGGAGAUUUAUAACAAAAAAGAAAAAGAAAUCGAUAAAAUCGCUGUUGAGGUCAUGAAUUCAGGUAAAUUCUUAAUAGUUCUCCCUUUACCUUUAUGGUACCCGUACGAUUGGAAAUCAUCCCCAAAGUAUGAACUAACAUAUUUCACGCAAAGCUUAACGCAAUACUUUAUGGGAUUUUCUUACGGCGCCUCCGACAUGUUCUUCGUUUGCGUCGGAUUUAUGAUCGGGUCGCAAUUCGAAUUUUUAAGUUUCGAACUGGAAAACGUCGUUUUUACGGCGCUGUUGCAACAAAACGUUUCGAAGCAAGACGUGGUUAGGUUCAAAAACGAUUUAUUCGCUAAACAAAUUAACCUGGGGAUGCUAAAAAUCAUCGAGACGGAGAAAUUUAAAUCCGAUUUGAACGAAAUUUUGAAAAAUUGGGUUCGAAAUCAUCAAGUUUUGAUGAAAAUUUGUGAGGAAACUGAAAAUUUUUUUGCACCUUUGCAUCUACCCAACGUGAUGUUGGGUAUUUCUUAUAACAUUUUUAUUAUGUACUCGAUUGUGGUUUCGAAAUCGUUUAAUUCAACGACGUAUUCUUUGAUUGAGUACAUUAUGAUCUCGCACACUCAACUUUUUUGUUUAACUUUCAUCGGGCAAAAAUUAACCACCUCGUCUGAGAUGGUUUUGGAUUCAUUUUGGAAAUCCCCUUGGUAUUUGUGCGACAAAAAGAUCCAAAAAACCCUUUUAAUCAUCCAAAUUAAACUGAAAAAACCGAUUUUAUUAACAGCUUGGAAAUUUUUCCCGAUGGCCUUAUCAACAUUUCUCUUUAAUGAUUUAAAAAAAGGAUUAAUCGAUUGCGUUGAAGAUUAUCAAGUCUUAUUGGACGUUUGCGAUGAGAUGCAAACUUUCUUUUCGCCUCUAUUACUCCCGGAAAUGCUUCUAGGAAUUUUUUAUUGCAUUUUUAUCAUGUACGCGAUCGCCGUUACCUCGGAAGUGUCCACUUUGAUGCGAUUAGUCGAGUAUUUGGCGAUGUGUUACGCAGAAAUUUUUUGCUUAACGUAUUUGGGGCAAAAAUUAUUCGACGAGGUGAGUUAA